UGUAAAGGCCGAGUGUCUAGACGGGGCGCUGCUGGAGCUUGUCUCAAGGUUAUCGGCGGCGUCUCCACUAUCAUCUUGUGAGACACUACGUUCCCCGGGAGGAUGGUGGUGGGUUACCGUGGCCUGAGCCUGGCCCUCCUGCGUGCCCGGCCCUCCAGUGUCAGGAACAUGUCCACCCAGGCCAAGCACAGUGCCAAGCUCCAGGAUAAGGUGGCCAUUGUCACUGCCUCCACCGACGGGAUUGGCUUGGCUAUUGCUCGUCGCUUGGGUGAAGAUGGUGCUCACGUCGUGGUCAGCAGCAGAAAGCAAGCCAAUGUUGAUUCAGCUGUAGCAGAACUUGAAGGUUUAGGCUGUUCAGUCUUGGGUCUCACCUGCCAUGUUGCCAAAGAUCAAGACAGACAGAACUUAAUUUCCAAGACAUUGGAGAAGUUUGGAAGCAUUGACAUACUUGUUUCCAAUGCAGCUGUAAAUCCAACAAUGGGAGGUGUAUUGGACUGCCCAGAAAGUGUUUGGGACAAGAUCUUUGAGGUGAAUGUGAAAAAUGCACUCCAGCUUACACAGCUAGUUGUACCCCACAUGCAGAAGCAAGGAGGAGGUGGAGCUGUAGUUUACAUCUCAUCAAUUGCUGGAUUUCAGCCUAUGAAUAUGCUGGGAGCAUAUAGUGUAAGCAAAACAGCCCUCCUUGGGCUAACAAAAGCUGUGGCACAACAAGUUGCCUUUGACAAUAUUCGAGUCAACUGUGUUGCCCCUGGUAUUGUGAAAACCAAUUUCUCAAGUGCGAUAACACAACACCCAGCAGUGUAUGAAAAGAUUUUGGAAUCAAUUCCUCUUGGAAGGGUUGCAGACCCAAAGGAGCUGGGAGGCAUAGUGUCUUUCUUGUGUAGCAGCGAUGCAUCAUACAUCACUGGCGAAACGUUUGUGGUUGCAGGUGGCAUGCUUUCACGACUAUAAUGAUGCACAUUGUUAUGUGCAGGGAGGCAGUUGGAGUUACGAAAACAUCAUCAUGUCGAGGAUUGGUGGGGAAAUAGCACAAAGUGGUGAUACCCGUAUAAAUGCCAUAGUCUCUGUACUCUAAUAAACCCAGUGUACCUUGUAUAUAAAUAAAUAAAUAAAUAAAUAUUGGGAUAAUCAGUUUUCACAUAAUAUGGUGUUUGGCUUUUAGUUAAUAGAUAUGCAAAUAGAGGCAAUUCUUAAGUCAUUUAAACUUUGGGUUUUAUAUAUGUUAAGCAUGUUUGUUCUACAAUAUAUAUAGUUUGUGAAAAUUCUAUUAUUUUAUUAUAGGAAUUAAAAUUUGUUUAGUUAUAUACAUUCAUUCUAUGUAGGUCUGGAAAAAAUAAACAUUACUGUAUUUGAAACAAUUUUCACAAAUUUUCUCAAUGCACGCGGCAAAUUCUUUAGCUAUUUCCAAAAGCACAGUCAAUAACUAAGCAUAAUUCUUAAUUUAUAAUUAGAGUUUAAAUACAGUAUCUGGUUCCUGAUACUUGGAGGAUUUGAUUAGCUGAUAAACAAGAUGCUUUGAAAAUAUUUUGUUUAUAUUAGUAUGUGAUACAAUUAGCUGUAUUUGUACAGCUAUGUACAAAUACAUAAUAGUACACAAAUACAAAUACAUAUUUGUACAGCUAUGUACAAAUACACAAAGCUGUAUGUUUGUAGGUGUGUUAUUAAUGGUGAAAUGUGUAUACUUGCUACUUGUUAUUCUUGAUAAAUAGUUCUAUUUUGUAUAAUUGAUCUGUAAAUAAGAUUACUAAAGAGAGUAAGGUUUAAACAUAUGUAAUUGUGUUAAUGAUAAAGUGUGGUUUAAUAAAAAUAUAUUACAUGA